UCUUCGUUUUGUACACACGCAUCUUGCACAAAAAAAGUAACACAACGGUGGUGGAAAAAAUCUAUAAGAAAAUUCUGUAUAUUUGCUAUAAGAUUUUUAUAAAAUUUAACAUUAACAGUGAAAAAUACUAUUUCGUGUGACGGCAAUAAAUAUAUUUUAUAAAAAUAUAAUUGUGUAAUCUUAAAUAUUGAUAUUAAAAAUACGUGCGUCUAGCCCUCCUGCCUCGUUUAAGCGCAAUUGUGUCAAGAGUGUAUCAGUGUGUGUGUCAAGUGAUUGAUUCAAUGCUAAAAAAGAAAAAUCAAGAAAAUUGUACAUAAAGAUUUUCCAACAUUUCCAGUCCAUAAGAAAAUUAAAUUUUCCUUUAUAAAAAGAAAGUUAUUUUCGUUGUACAGUGAACAAAGUAAUAGCUUAAAAAAGCAAAUAAAAUAUAAAAAUAGAAAAGAAAAAAUCGUUAGUGCAUUUUUGUUUAUAAAAAAAUUGAAUGGAGAAGUGUAGAUAAAGGAGAAAUAGAAACAAAACAAACUGAACAAUAGUAUAGUUUGCAUUACAGAAAACAACAGUAGAAAAUAUAUAGGGAUUAUUGUUAAAUCAACAAGAUUUAUUUGGAUUUUAUUUUAAUAAAAUUUGUAUAUUUAUUAAAACAAAUUAUUAAAUAUAAAUUAUUUAUUUGUGUAAAAUAAAAAAAAACUACUUCAAAACCCCCAAUUUUAAAUAUAACACAAAGUUCAAAAUGUUUAGUCCGGAUUAUGAGAAACGUAUUUUGAAACAUUGUAGUCCAGUGGCUAGAAAUCUAUUUAAUUCAUUUGAAGCUGCUUCUACCACAUCAUCGCUGGAUCGAUUUAUACCUUGCAGGGCAAAUAAUAAUUGGCAAACAAAUUUCGCUUCAAUAAACAAAUCAAAUGAAAAUUCACCACAGACUAGUAAAAAACAAAGAGAUUGCGGCGAAACGGUUCGUGAUAGUUUAGCCUAUUCAUGUCUAUUAAAAAAUGAAUUAUUGGGCACGGCCAUUGAGGAUGUAAAGGCCGUUAGUGAUGAGCGUAAUGAAAAUGCAUACACACCCGCUGCCAAAAGAAGUUUAUUUAAAUAUCAAUCACCUACAAAACAGGAUUUCAAUGAACAAUGUCCCUACUCAUUAUCACCUGUAAGCACAAAAAGUCAAAAACUUUUACGUUCUCCCCGCAAGGCAACAAGAAAAAUAUCCCGCAUACCCUUCAAAGUUUUGGAUGCUCCUGAAUUACAAGAUGAUUUCUAUUUAAAUUUAGUCGAUUGGUCAUCACAAAAUGUCUUGGCUGUGGGUUUAGGUAGUUGUGUUUACCUAUGGAGUGCCUGUACAAGUCAAGUAACACGUUUGUGUGACCUUAGCCCUGAUGCAAAUACUGUGACAUCAGUUUCAUGGAAUGAACGUGGUAAUUUAGUAGCUGUUGGUACACAUCAUGGUUAUGUUACGGUAUGGGAUGUUGCUGCUAGUAAACAGAUCAACAAAUUAAAUGGACAUUCUGCUCGUGUUGGAGCUUUAGCCUGGAAUGGUGAUAUUCUUUCGAGUGGUUCCCGAGAUCGUCUUAUCAUACAAAGAGAUACACGCACACCAGCCCAACAAUCCGAACGUCGCUUAGUUGGCCACCGUCAAGAAGUUUGUGGCUUAAAAUGGUCUCCUGAUAAUCAAUAUUUAGCUAGUGGCGGUAAUGAUAAUCGUCUAUAUGUCUGGAAUCAACAUUCCCUUAAUCCGGUACAAUCCUACACCGAACAUAUGGCCGCUGUUAAAGCUAUUGCAUGGUCACCACAUCAUCAUGGUCUAUUGGCAAGUGGUGGCGGUACAGCUGAUCGUUGUAUACGUUUUUGGAAUACUUUAACCGGACAACCUAUGCAAUGUGUAGACACUGGCUCACAAGUGUGUAAUUUAGCCUGGUCGAAACACUCAUCGGAGUUGGUGUCAACUCAUGGUUAUUCUCAAAAUCAAAUUUUAGUAUGGAAAUAUCCCUCCCUAACACAAGUGGCUAAAUUGACCGGCCACUCAUAUCGUGUACUCUAUUUGGCUCUAAGUCCUGAUGGUGAAGCUAUUGUUACAGGAGCUGGCGAUGAGACAUUACGUUUUUGGAAUGUGUUUAGUAAAGCUAGAAGUCAAAAGGAAAAUAAAUCGGUUUUAAAUUUAUUUACAAAUAUUAGAUAAUUUUCUAGCAGGAAAACAAAAGGACUAAACAAAAACGUUUUGACUAGUAACUUAUACAAAUGUAUGUAUAUGUAAUCAUCAUAAUUUAGGAACAAAUCAACAAAAAAAAUCGCCAACAUUAAACAACUACAACAA